AGCACGUAAAUACGGAAAUAGGACUUAAAUGCGUUCAUACUAAAACCUGUGUUUAAACAUUGUACUGUAGUGUUUUUACAGUUGUAACUGGUUACUUUCACCUGUUUCUCAUAAAGUCUGAGAACGUCACAGACAACAAAGACCUUUAUCCAUCCUAAAAGAUGAUUGUGAGGAGGAGGCAGACACUCAUCCUCCCCUUCCUCAUGUCUGUCAUGUUCAUCCAUCCUGCUCCAGCCCUGAACUCAAUAUCUGCUACCAGGGCUGCGUUUAAUACAACUGUGAAGAGAGCUGCAGAUGUAGCAGAAGAGGUAGCAGCCUACGCUGAUGUGGCCAAACAGAUCAUUGAGCUGGCUGUGUCCGGUGCGGCCCACAACCGUUCUUACAGACGACUAGCUGACUUCACCGACACCAUAGGGAACCGUGUCAGCGGCUCAUCCAACCUGGACAGGGCUAUUAAAUACAUGUAUAAUGCCAUGUAUCAGGAUGGAUUGGAUGUACAUUUGGAGCCAGUCAAAAUCCCACACUGGGUAAGAGGAAAGGAGAGUGCAGAAAUGAUUGCUCCCAGGGCGAAGAGCCUGUCUAUACUGGGACUGGGCAGCAGUGUAGGAACACCUCCCGAGGGUAUAAAAGCAGAGGUGUUGGUGGUUCAGUCUUUUGAGGAGCUGAAGCACAGAGCCAGUGAGGCUGCAGGGAGGAUUGUAGUUUUUAACCAGCCAUUUGUAAGCUACGGAGAAACUGUGUCUUACCGUGCUUUUGGUGCCUCAAAGGCAGCAGAGGUGGGAGCUGUGGCUACACUAAUUCGCUCUAUAACUCCAUUCUCCAUAAACAGUCCCCACACGGGCCAGCAGGAUUACCAAGAAGGAGUGAAGCGCAUCCCUACAGCCUGUAUCACUGUAGAGGAUGCUGAGCUGAUGUGGCGUUUGGCCCAGAGGGGACAGAAGAUUGUAGUUCGACUCACAAUGGAAGCCAAGACCCUGCCGGAUGCUGACUCUUUCAACACGGUGUCUGAGAUCAGAGGCUGGCAGUACCCUGAGCAGGUCGUUUUACUCAGUGGUCAUUUGGACAGCUGGGAUGUGGGCCAGGGUGCUAUGGAUGAUGGAGGUGGAGCCAUCAUUUCCUGGGAGGCCCUGUCACUCAUCAAAGACCUAGGUUUGCGUCCAAGGAGAACUUUGCGAGCUGUGCUGUGGACAGCAGAGGAGCAGGGUGGAGUCGGAGCACAGCAGUACUUUAAUCUGCACAAGGUGAACAUAUCCAACUUUGACCUUGUUAUGGAGUCUGAUUUGGGUACAUUCACCCCAGUGGCUCUGCAGUUUACUGGCAGUGAUGCAGCACGAAAGGUGAUGGAAGGAGUUGUCAAACUUUUAGCUCCCAUUAACAUGACCAAACUGGAGCCCAAUGGAGAGGGGACAGACAUCGGUCCAUGGUUGGAAGCAGGAGUCCCAGGCGCAAGCCUCCAUGUGGCAGACAGUCGUUACUUUUGGUUCCACCACACUGAAGGAGACACCAUGGCAGUUCAAGACCCUCGAGACAUGGACCUGUGCUCGGCCCUGUGGGCUGUGGUUGCCUACGUCGUAGCAGACCUGCAGGACAUGCUGCCAAGAUAACAAGCAAUGCCGAUUGCUGCACUGGCUGAUUCUAAACACCUAAUUAAAUACAAGCUUUCUAAAUUGGACUUCAAUUUCUGAUUAAAAUGGUGAUUUGAAUUUUCCUUUUGAGUAAUAAGAGAAGACAAAAGCAGUCACUUUACAACUUUUCUAACAUUUCGUUUUUUUUUUUUUUUAUCUGAAGCGUGCUAAUAUUAAGAGAGAGAGGGUGUUGUUAGGUUUCUGAAACCUAUGUGCUUGUUGAUAUAAGAAAAAAGCCAGAAAUAAAGACAAACAACUUGUCUCAUUUAAAGUUGUUCCUAUUGGAGAUUCAAAGCACGCCUGUACAAGGACCUUUUCUGUUUGGCAAACAACUUGUAGAAAAAGAGGAUUUUUUAAUGUACAUAGAGAUUUCCGCUGAAAAAAUUUUAAAUGCGUCGAUAUAUUACAAAAUAACUGGAUAAACUGAUAGAGGGAAGCUGUGGUUUAGACUAGCUCUCCCUUUAUUGGAGCCUUGAUUGGUCCCAGUCACUCACUUCAUCGUCUUUCGUUCCCCAAACACUGGCCUUCGCUUUGUACUCAUGUAACCACUCUUUAAUGCUCGUCUCCUCUUCAAGGCUCGAGAGAAGGCAACUAUAACUUCAAGUGAUUAAGAAUUUGCAUGUGUAAGCAUUUGAGCAGGGUCACAAAUUCCAACUGAUGUUUCGACCUUUCCAUCUACAUUUUAGUUCUUUAUACCAGAUGCAAAGGCCAAAUAUAUUCCCAACACUAUGAAAAGGUUUAUAAAAGAGUCAGUUCAAAGUGAUGAAUUCUUAAAUGAUAAAGCUACGAGGUGAUUUUAGACAUAAGACAUACUUGGCAUAGUUUUAAGGGGAAACUAAAUCUUCCUUUCUGGGCUACUAUUUUAGACAAGGCUAGAAAAGGACAACUGUGCACUUUCUCUAGUUCUUAAUGGUAACUGUGCUUUAGAGGGGAUGAUAAUAGACCUAUGAAAGAUACUAAAGAUAAAACUAUUUGAAAGAUUCCUCCUGCAUGAACAAUAUUGGCCUGUGGUAAACCAACGUAAGUGAACAAUGAUGGUGAUAAAAGGAGGUGUGUUGAGAAGCAAUCAUUUUGUUGAUGUACUUUUGGUUUAUGUCCAUUGUUUCCAAACUUUUUAGAGCUAAUGCACAUUUUGUUAAGAGUAAAAAAAAAGAAAAAUGCAUGUUUUUUUACCUCCACCUUGCAUUAUUUAAGAAACUAUUGUCUUAUUGACUAUUGUCUUGUCUUUGAAUGAUCAUGUGAAAUUAGAUGCAUUUUCCAGACACAAUGGUUGAAAAUAACUUGAUUAAAAUACAAUUUCCAU